AUGACCAGUCAGCCUGACGUGAUAGGCAGGAAAUUACGUGAUCUUCGUGAGAGUAUCCAAGUCAUGCACAAAGCCGUGGCAGUAGAGCGAGACCGACAGACCCAGAGGAACAAGAAGGGACAACGCGGUGCAAAAAAGGUCAACUUCAGUGUAGGUGACUUCGUUUUGCGUUCUCGAGUAGACCAGAAGCACCAAGACAAGUUAUUGGUGACGUGGAUUGGUCCGUACCAGAUCGUGAAAGCGGAUGUGCACUCGUUUGUGGUCCGACACCUCGCCACGGGUGCAGAGUCGGACGUGCAUGCGUCUCGGCUAAAGUAUUACGCUGACAAGGACUUCGAAGUGACUGAGGAAGUUAUCGAGCAUGUUGCAUCUCAAGGAAUUGUGCUGGCGGUCGCUGAGCUCAAGGAGAACAGGUGGUGCGCAGUUAAGAGGGACUACGAGCUUCUUGUGUUGUGGAAAGGGUUAGAUCCCAUUGAAGAUUCAUGGGAACCGCUGCAAUCACUCUGGAAGGAGAUACCAGUGAUGAUCCGUGCGUACGCUGAGCGAACUAAGGGAGACAGUCUCUUAAAACACGUGACACGGUCUACCAGAUUUGCAACAGGUGCAAGUUGA